AUGAUUUCUAUUACUAAUAAUAGCUAUUAUCUAUCUGGAUUAGCUAAGAUUAAUAUUCCUGUUAAUGCUAACUGGACACAACAAGGUGUGUCUAUUGCUGGAGGACACGGGAACGGCAAUGGCACCAAUCAGCUCUACUGGCCUCAUGGUAUCUUCGUUGAUGAUGAUCAAACAGUGGUUAUUGUUGACCACAUGUAUCAUCGUAUCAUCCAAUGGAAGAACGGUCAUACAACGAAUGGACAAAUUGUUGCUGGUGGCAAAGGCCUAGGAAAUGGAUCCAAUCGAUUAGAUUAUCCAACUGAUGUAUUAAUUGACGAAGAGACGGAUAGUCUCAUUAUUUGCGAUCGGGGGAAUAAACGAGUUGUACGAUGGUCUCGUUGUAGUGGUACAACACAAGGUGAAAUACUCAUCGACAACAUCGAUUGUUUUGGAAUAGCCAUGGAUGAACAGCGAUAUCUCUACGCCUCUGACGUCGGAAAAUGGGAAGUAAGACGAUAUCAAUUGGGUGAGAAGAAUGGUACUCUCGUAGUCGUAGCUGGUGGGAAUGGCAAAGGUGCUAAACUCAAUCAACUCAACGAUUCUUAUUAUCUCUUUGUUGAUCGACAACAGAAUGUCUACGUGGCAGACUAUAAAAAUCAUCGCGUAAUGAAAUGGACUAAAGGUGAAAAAGAAGGAUUGUGGUCGCUGGAGGAAACAGUAUGGGGGAUGCUUCGACACAGUUGUCGUAUCCUAAUGGACUCUUUGUUGAUACGUUGA